AUGGUAAAGGAGGUCUGGAGGGUGCUGGGUGGAGUGCUGAGGGAGGAACUGGGCCGAAGAAAGGAAAGUAGACAGAACAGGGACCGCGGGAAUCGAGCGCAGCAAAACAGCUCCAACCUCAAUCCAACGCCAGCACCCGGCCCGCACAGCACGGAAUCCCGGGGAAGGCGGAGAGCGGGGUCCGAGGCUCCCCCAAGGCCCGGAAGCGAAAGCCUCUCCACCUCUUCCGAGCGGGGUCACGGCCCGGCCGUCGGUAGCCGGGUUUCCGAGAGUGCGGGGCGGUCGGCGGGUCAGGGCAGCCCGGGGCCUGACGCCAUGUCCCGGAACCUGCGCACCGCGCUCAUUUUCGGCGGCUUCAUCUCCCUGAUCGGCGCCGCCUUCUAUCCCAUCUACUUCCGGCCCCUAAUGAGAUUGGAGGAGUACAAGAAGGAACAAGCUAUAAAUCGGGCUGGAAUUGUUCAAGAGGAUGUGCAGCCACCAGGGUUAAAAGUGUGGUCUGAUCCAUUUGGCAGGAAAUGAGAGGGCUGUCACCAGCUCUGAUUAAAAAAGGAGAUUUCUUCAUGCUUUCGAUUCUGCAUGGGUUAUAGUCAGUCACCUCACCAGAGAAUGACGGCUGGAGAAGAAAACUCUGUAAUACCAUAAAUAAGAGUGCUUGUAAUAAAAGACUGUGCACAAGGAUUAGUAUUUCCCUUCUUAAGUAUCAAAAGAACUCUGGAACAAAUUAUACCAUUAGGAAGGUUUUCAUGAUUCAGUUGAUUUUCCAAAAAUGAAGCUAUCUCACCCAGCUGGGUUUGGAGCAAUCUGCUUAUUAUUCUGUCGUUACCACUUACUCAAGCAAGCUGUGAUAUGAAUACAAGCAACCAGUAGGCUCGGGAAGGUCCGGGUCUAUUUUGCCAUCUUCCAGAUAAGAGAUUUCGGUAAAAAACUGCCAUGCUGAGCUGCCUUAUAGCGCUCUUUGAAAAUGUUCAAGUUGAUAAAGCUCUUUGAGGACAAGGUACUUCGUGCAUUGCACCAUGUUGGAAAAUAAAUAUGAAGCAAGUCAAACUCGAUGCAUACACUUGUGUAGAAAUCAAUAAUCAAUUAAUAGAAGUGAAAAAUAGACAUUAAAAUGAUUUAUUUCUA